UCUUUCCUUCGUAUUUUCUCUUUCCCAUUUCUUCCCGUCUUCUUUCUGCAUCCGAUCUUUUUCCUUCCUCCAGUGCAACUUUUCUCCACCGAUAUGUUGCUUCAACUGUUCACUUUCAACCAUAGGCUCCUAAUUCGAGUGCUGUUGUAGCAUAUCCGCUGUCCACAAAUCACAAUGAAACCUAGGCAGAUUAAUCAAGGCUCGAUAGAAUUUUGCUGCAAGGGGAUGAAGGAGAAGCAUGUGGUUGGCGGACCGAAACAUCAUCGCCACAUCCGCCGGCGCCACCAACACGUUCGACGCCAAGGUUAUCUGAAGUUGUCAAAACUUGGGCGGUUGGAAAGCUUAGAUAGAACAAUCUGGAGAAGCCCAUUGAAGAUGGCUGCUAGGGUCGAAGGCAUUCAUACUUUUAGACGACUUUGUUUCUUACCAGUGGAGGCAGCUGGUGGUUCAAAAUUGAAGCUAUUUCAUAUUCACCAACGACUUCAUUUCUUACCGACUGUGGCGGCUCUUAUUCAACAUCAAAGGCAUUCCAAAUUUACCAAAAUCAGAGUUAAGGUUAAAUGUCAUUUCCACUCAUGCAUAUAUGCAGGUUGAAUUAUUUGUAUCUCUUCUUCAACAUCUACGACAAUAUUUUUAUGAUAUCUUAAAUUUACUUUAAUAAUAAUAUGGUAAAGGGAUUUUCCUGUAAUUCUUCUUUCUUUUACGUCUAGGAGUCUUGCAAUCCAACAGAAUGAUUUGGACUAUUUGACCCUACUUAAAGAAGAAAAAUUGUUUAUGACAAGUUUUUCUGCAACUCUUCUUCCUUUUUUGUCUCUCAAAUGAAUUUAGUUGUUUGUAACCGUAAACAAACAUUAGUACUUCUUGCUUCAUAAAUGUAGUGCAAUAAUGUCAAGGGAAAUCAGGUAGUUUUUUUUACUUAUCUAACCUCCUAUAAGGUUUUGUUUUUUUGUAACCAAGGAUAGCGUUUUUACAAGAAUUAUGCAGAAAAAUAAACUACUAAGUAGUAUCUAUAGUGUUAUUCAAAAUAUGGACAGCGUUUUUCACAAGAUGGAGUAUCUGCUCAAAUGUUUUACAAAACAAUUAUUGAAUUAGAUUCUUGAUAGCUUUAACACUAACUGAUCAAUUCUUAUCCAAAGAACCAAAACAAACCAGAUAACAAUAUAAGACAUUUGUGUCACUUUACCUUCUUUCCAAAAUUCAAUCUUCUUUAAUCUUUACUUAUCGUUUAAUUGAAAUUUCAAUCCUUGUGUGCCACAACCACCUUUGUAUUGCUAUUUUCAAUUUCAAUUAAUCCAACCUCCUACAAUUUUGCUUCUUCCUCACUUUUGCAAAUUAAAGCCAUCUCGAAUCCUCCACCUGGAAUUCAUACCAAAAUGCGUUCCUCCACUCAAUACUUCCUUCUACAACAACGCCCUAUUUACAACAACGUCCUAUUUACAACAACGUCCUAUUGCUGAAUACAUGGUUAGUAAGCCAAUCUAAAUCAAAAUUUUCAAAUGUAAUAUUGUACUAUGGUUCUUUAUCAUAAGGCUAAAUUUAGUUUAUUCUUUUUUCAAUUUGUUUACUAACUCCUACUCUUUACUUUUUCAUUUUGAAUCCCUAAAUUCUUCAGUGAUAUUAAUCUAAAUCUCCCCUUUUUAAAUAUGUGCAAUAUAUAAAAGAUGAUCUUUUUUCAUUUCUGCAUCAUAGGAAAGAUAUUUGUGUAUAUUUCUUUUAUUACUGCAUAGUUUGAUCAGUGUUAUACCUGCAUAUUUCCUUUCCACUUUGAGUCUCUAGCAUCCUAAUAUGGGGAGCUAGAUAAACACAUAAGACAUAACACAUAGUGUGGGAUUAUUUGUAAGAAAAGAAAUAAUUCUAUCUACAUCAGCUACUUAUGCGAGGAUGCCACCUAGAUUCUAUAAAUUAUAAGUAGGGAAAAUAGCACUUUUACUCCCUAAAAUAGUCAACCUAUUGAAAUGUCAGACCAUUAUUACGAAGAUGGUAAAGGUCACCCCUCAAUUGUCCAAAUUGGUGUAAAUGUGAUCCUUUUAGGGUGAAAUGUACUCGCCCACAUUGUACACAUUUCACCCCUCAAAGGACCACAUUUACAGCAAUUUGUACAAUUGAGGGAUGACAUUUACAAACUUGGAAACACGGGUAUGGCAUUUCAAUACAGUGACUAUUUGAGGGACUAAAAGUGUGAUUUUCUCUUCUAAGUAUGUCCUUAGGAACUACUUACACCAGUUAUAGAUGUAUCUGAAGUAAGGAUUUUUUUUGAAGGAUUUGCCCAUCUUAGCCUUAAGAUUAUAUAAAAUCCAUAUAAGUGCAACUGUGAAUGGAAAGGCUUGUGAAUUAAAUCCCUUUUAACCGUAUUGGUGGAACUUUUAGUUUUUAGUGGAUGGAGGUAGUACUUUAGAUCAUUGCCAUAUGUAAUAUGUAUAUUGUCUCUAAAUUUGAAACAGUAGAUCACUUCAUGUUAAAACCAUCAUUAUAAAAGAACUUUCACUAUUAUAUGUAAUAAGUAUGUUGUCUCUAAAUUCUGGAAAUAAGCAUUUUCACUUUUAGGAGUAAACAUCUUGACUUAACAUGUACAUUAUAGGAUAUUAUAAACCGUUUUAGUUUACUUCUAGCUUAACUCUAUUUCCAUUAUGAGAAGGCUCUUACUUCACACGGAGUAAUAAGUAUGACAUUCAUAAUUGCCUCGAAAUAGUCUAUUAUCUAUAACUGAGACUUUAAUAUGAUAUGCUUCCUUCUAAUUUGUUAAUAGAAGAGUGUUUGUAUGUCUAUUAAAAGAGCAUUUUUUUUUUAUAAUGAGUUGUUAACCAUUAAUUGUUGGAGUACAUGUGACCCAACAGUUUGCUGCUUCAGGAACAUAUUUUCUCUUUCUUUUAUAAUAGCUUUCCAUUACCCAAAAAAUUUCAGCAUAUAUUUCAUUGUGAAGUUAUUGAAAACCUGAUAUAUGGCAUAUUAUUUUUUUGUCCAUUUAACUCCCUUUUUACCUUUUGUUUUGUUUAUAAGAGUAGAAGCACAUGUCAACUCCAGUUGGGCAUGCAAUCUAAACUUAAAUUCAUAAGCUGCGUGCAUGAAGAGGGGUAUAAGUCUGAUUACGAUUUGGACUUGCUUAUUGAGCCCCCAACUCCAGUUGAAUCGAACUUGGUAAGAUUUAGUACUUUUUUGAUGUUUUAGUUGAUAGAUGUUGCUUCUUAGUUUUUCAAAGUGUAGCUAUAUUGUCCAAACAUCGUACCCAACUCUAUGGGCCUAAAUUUCACGCAAAGCACAUUCUGCGAGCGAGCUUCCUACAAUGUACUUAGAGUUCAUGUGAGUGUAUCCAUUCAGUUUUACUUCUUAUGAUGUACAAUACCAAAAUCGGAGAUUAAUGUAAAGUUUUUUUUAUCAGAUAUAGUUACGUGACCAACUUAAUUGGUAUGGCAACACUGAUUUACAUAAGUGCAUAUAAGUUGAUAAACAUGAAUUAGUCAUUGUGAUGUAAUUUCAGACACCUACUAUGUGAACAAUGAGAGUGUUGGGAGUACUCCAUCCACAUCCAUUGUGUAAGCGUCUGCCCGAAGAUGAGAUUGAUAGCUCGGACUUUGUAAUUUCUCUUUUUUUUAAAGAAAGACAGCUACAUAUUCAUUAUAUCAAACUUCAAGUUCGAAAUUACAAACAAAGGAGGAUGACUAAACCAAACUUGACAAUUACGCAUUGAAACAGUUGUCUAGACAAAUAGUGAGCA